AUGGGGUAUAAAAUCCUAUAGCUAAUACUUCACUCUUACUGUUAAAUGUACUUAGAAAUAUAAGUAUUCGAUUUUAUUAAAUGAUCAUUACUUAUAAGUACCUACCCAUUAUUUUGUAUUAAUUAUAUCAAACAUUUUUUACUUGUAUAUUAUUUAUUCUACUUUCAGUGAGGCACUAAAUUGAGGCGAUUAUAUAUUGGUACUUAAAAUUUAAAAAAAAAGUAUUUCAUUAUGUAUGAGGUAAUUUAGUUUAAAUAAAAAUACCUAAUUAAGUGUGUUUAUGUUAAUAUUUCAGAUUCUAUUUGAAUAUGUCGUGUUCAAAAAUAACUGAAAAAGCAGAUGAGGAAUCAGAAGAUGAAGCUGAGGAUACUUUAGUAGUUGUUGUUAAGCCUGAUGGGACUGUUGCAAUAGACCAAGAGACAUUCAAUAGAGUUUUGGGUAAGUGAGCAGUUUUUAAAUUUUGAUGGACAAAUUUUGUAUGUUUUAGCUUUUUGAUUAGUUUUUUAUUUAUUUUAUCUUAAUUAACUUAUUCUCGAUCGGGCAAUUUAACAAAGAAUAAUUAAAAAUGUUUAUAAUACUAAAUAUGUAGAAAGCACUUGACAGAAGUUAAAUAAGUUUAAAACGUAGAAAAAUAAUAAUAGUAUAAUAUAUAGUAAGCUCAAGACCACAGUUAUGAUGAGUCAGUUAAAGUUUUUGACACUUAGUUAAUUUUAUUGAACUUAUUAGGCUAGUAUAAUGAUAACAUGUUCCUAAAAUUAAAAUUCAAUUCGGUUUUUUUUCAUACUUCUCAUAUUCAUAAAAUAAUAAGAACAUUUACUAAUAUAACAAAUUUGCGUAUGAACUACAUGAACCACUAAACUUAAGUACAAAACUGAUUCAGGUAUGAGAGCUACUCGGUAUUAAUUAUAGAAAGAUUAUUUAAAAUUAGACAAUUGGAUUAUCACAACAGUAGGUACAGGUAAAGAAAGAUAAGAUUAAAUUGAAAAUUUUGGAUAUGCCAUUUUUUCCGUUAUUGUUUAAGUUUUAAAAAUCUAUACCUUGCUAAAUUUUAAUUUGGAAAAAACAUUUUUAAUGGCAAUUGAUUAAAAAUAUAUGCCUUACUCGAAUUGAUAGAAAAAUAAAAUUUGUAUUUCGAAACUCCUUAUCACUUACCAAGAAAUGGAAUUCAAAUCCAAGGACAUUUGACCGAAAUUUUUAGUGUUAACUGGAAACAUAAUUACAUUGUAUACAUAUUCCUAUGAUUCUACACCUUAACAAUACAAUAAAAACUAAAAAUUAUGAUUAAAAGAUUAGAAAUAAUAUAAAUUGAAUACAUUAAUUUAUGUUAUUUAACUAAUAAACUUUAGUUGGGUAAAAUAAGUUAAAUUGGUAGAUAUAAUAUGUGUUGUGAUUUCCAUACUGUUCUUUUGAAUCAUACAGAUACAUAUACACUGACAAUUUCUAUAAUUCUGUGUUAGGAAAUUGGCUCAAUACCUAUUCAUAUUUGUGAAAUAAAAUUGUUUGUUAACAAUUUGAUGAUUAAAUAAGUAUAAUAAUUAUUUAGAAAGCAAAAAAGAAACCAUGAAUAUUAUACAUUUUGAAAACAGCAGUAAUAAAGGCAUUACAACAAAUCCCGAGAACGGAGAGCAAGAAAUCAAUUUGACUGUUCAAGGGUUUUAUCCAUCUAUUUCUACCAAAUCAUUAUUGUCUAAAGGUAAGACAAUAUUAAUCUUGUAAUUAUGAAAUUAAUAAAUUUUGUAGAUUUUUGUUUUUUUUUUAAACUAGUUGUAUACAAACCCCCAUAUUAGGAGUAAAAUUUCUUUUGAAGCCACAAAUUUUAGAUUCUGACAGGAGCGAAGAAGCUCACGGUUUUACAAAGAUGUUUAUUUUUUUUUAUCUGUCUGCAACUUUUCUAUAAGAAAUCUCCAAUUUUUAAGCAAUGUUUCUAAAAGGAAAUUGGACUAGGGAGGUACUUUAGAGAGGUCAUUUUUCGAUUUUCCUAGGAGGUUAUUCAACAUAUGUGAAAAACGGGAAAAUGUACUAAUUGUAGGUGUUGGUUAAAAAUAUUACGGCAUUCUUUUUUCCUGUGAAUAACUUUUCUAUCCGCAAUUUUGCCCCUUUUACAAUAAUUGCACUUUUUCUGAAAGGAAAUUUUACUGGGAAGGUUCUUUAGGGAGGUCAUGUUUUGAUUUUUCUAAGAGUUCCCAGAAAAUGUGAACAAUCGGGAAAAAACGUAGGAUAAAUGGGAAAAUCUGUACAUUAAACAAAUAUUAUUAAAAAAAAUAUAUGAUGCCUAUUUCAAUAUUUUACCAUAAUAUGACAUAAAUAUUGUUGACAAAACAUCACUAUCAACUGAACUCAGCUCAGAAUCGUUUUUUGUGGCUACACCCGUCCUCAUUAUCUAAGGAUAGUUUUUUUAUAAGUAAUAUGAAUAAUCAAUUAUAUAAAAAAAAAAUUUUAGAACAAGUUGAUAUUAUUUUUUAUUUUCUAAAAAAAAAUGACAUAAGAUAUUUGUAUUAUUUUCUAUAGUCUUUAAUAAUCUUACCUUAUUCAAUUUUUAAUCAUAUGCAAUAAAAAAUAAAUUAAUAAUAACAUUUUUAUAUUUCGUAUUUAAGUUGUAUUUUCAUUACAUUUUUUAGUAUUUAAAACAAAAUACUAAACCUAACUGUUGUCUCAUAAUAACAUUAGGGCUAAUCACAUUUCUUAUAUUUUAUUUUGCACACUUCAAAAAAAGUUUUCACUUCAAUAAGUUUUAUAAACAAUGCAGAAGAUUUUGUGUUUAUAUUUUUUUAUCUUUUUAAUUUAUUGUAUAUUUGUAUAAGUUUUAAUUAUAUUUAUAUACAUAAAACAAUAAUUCUUAUACUCAUAUAAAUUUAUUUUUCAAUUAUAAAACAAUAACAAUAGUAUAUUUUGUAAAAAAUAAUGAUGCAUUAAUAAUAUUUUAAAAUAUGUGGUUAAAAUUGGCCCUCACACUAACAUGCUCAGUGGGGCCUAUUAUUCUUUGAAAUAAAUUAAAAUAUUUUUAAAAAAAACAUAUUUUAUUGUUGUUUUUGUUUAGAUUAGUGUGUUAAUACUUGAGUAACUAAUAACUUUUACCCUUUUCUAUAUUAUUUAUUACAUUUAUUAUAUGUAUUUAUAUAUUAUACAUAUAUAUUUUUAGAUACGCCAAUAAAUGAAAAAAGUAACUUGUCAAUUGUUUAUUUGGAUCAUUGUUAUCACAAAGAAUAUCCAACAUCAACUGCACCCGAAAAUAUUAGAAACACACUUUCUAGUGGAGUAAACGAGAUUACUAGUAAAUAUUUAUAUUAUUAUAACUUUAUGAUAAUUUAUAAGUCAUAUAUUAUCUUGCAAAAUAAUAUUUUUAGACAAACUCACUCAAUCACAAAUUUCAAAUGAAAUUAAAGAAUCUACUGUUAGAGAUACUGAGAGAGAGUUAAAUGACAAUCCUCUAUCUGUACCUAUAGAAGGUAUUUGUACAUUUUAUUAUAUUGUUAUUAAUUUUAUUUAAUAUAAUUUAAUUAUGUUAACAUACAAAAUUUAAAUAUUUUUUUAGAUAUUAAGUCUGAUAUUCAUGUACCAAUGCACAGUAUCAUAGAGAGCAAUUCACCAAAUUCUAAAAAACCAUUAAUCUCAAAAGUUAAUCUAAAGGUACUUGAAAACAUUCAAUUAGUAGUAAAUUAUUAUACUAACCUUAUACAUUUAUAUAGAAUGAAAAAUUCAAACCUAAAAGUCCUGUGGGUAUGAAAAAUACAAUUGUCAAAACAAAAUCUGAGGAUAUACAAACUAAUCAAUUGAAUGAUACACCUAGAGUUUCAAAAACAAUUAAACGUCUAUUACCAAUGGUAACUACAUAUUUCCUUCAACUUUGUCCUUUGAUUGCUAUACGUUUAAACACAUUCUAAUUUUCAAUUGCUGUUUAAUUUAUAAAACUUAAUAAUUAACUUAUAUGAAUGAAUAAAAAUAUAUGAUACAUUAAAUAAACCAUUAUAUCAUAUCUAUAAAAUAUCUUCUUUUCAACAUUAUUAGAUAUUGGACUCUUUAACCCUUUAUGUGUUAGUGGUGUAUUUGAAGACUACUUUUUUCAUAUAGUAAAAGUGCUGAAUUUUUUUAACUGUUCGGAAAUUAUCUAGACUGUGGUAUGUAUAGAGACAUAUAGACAUAUAGAGAUAUACAGAUAUACAGAUACUUGUUAAGGUUAGCUUUCUAUUAUUAUUUUAUUUAUCAUUUUAUCAAUAUUGUUAUAACCCGGUGAUAUAAUAAACUGUUCGGUAAAUUAGGUUCCCGUAAUAAUAUUUUUUCAACAUUGAUAAACAUAACUGUAAUAAAUUAAAUAUUAAUGAAGGGAUUCUUAUCAUUUGCACUCUUCUCAGCUAGGUAUUACAUAUUGUGAUCUCAGAAGAAAAGUUAUUGAUUUCAUGUUUUUAUAUUGUUUUAUGUUCCAUUUUUUUACCAAUAAUUAUAGCUCAGCAUCAUAUUUUCUUUGAGUUCUAAUGUUAGCAAAUAAAUUACCAUCUUGUAUUGAUAUUUUUUUUUGUUUCUUGAAGUUUUUAAGUGCAAUGUAUAUACAUGUUAUUUAAUUGUAUGCUGUAAUUUUAUCUUUGUUCUAUUUAUUUAUACUUAUUUAAUUAUUAUUUCAUUAAUUGUAUUUUUAAUUACUUGUGCUAUUUAUGAUUGUCACUUUUCUUUUAUUAAAGGGUUUUUCACCUGAUUAUAAUUUUUAUACAAUAAAUAAAAAACAAAUUAAUUUUACCAUGGUUUUUGUAUUAAUAAAUAAGUGGUUAAUAUUCAUGUCACAGUUAUAUACAAUUUUAAUUUUCAAAUAUAAUUUUGCACACACAAGUUUUUCUAGUGGUGGCUUCUAUGGAUACCACAGUCUUAUUUACUGAAUUUUUUUUAGGUCUACGUGUUAAAGGGUUGAUUAUAAAAUUGUUAUUGUUAUAUUAGAUUUAAUAUUAUCUGUAUGUGUACUUACAUACUCCUUAGACUCUAUUAAUUCUAGACAUAAAUGAUAAUAUAUAUUUAUAAUUUUUAAUUUAAAAACCAUUUCUUUUCCUAGAAACCUAAUCAAGUUCGGCCAACUCUUCAGAUUAAAAAUAGUCGACAAAAGAAAUCUGAAGUUGUUGUCGACCCAGCUUUACUGAAAGCUAAUGAUAUGGUCCGACAAUCAAGUAUUGAACCUAAAAAAUAUAUUCAAAAUCAGAUAAUGUUUAAAAAGAAUAAAGUUAAAAAUGAAAAUAGUGAGAAUUCUAUAGAGUGUUUAUCAACUUCACAAACACAGUUAUUGCCGAAUGCACCUCAAUUAUUUUCUUCUCCAAAUAUAAUUACGGAUGAUAAUAAAUCAACUGUUAAAACAGAAAAUGAAAACUUGGAUCUUAAAACAAAUGUUAUUGAGAAAGUUGAUAAUACAAUAACUAUAGAGAACUCGGUUUUGAAUGUUCCAAUUAAUUCUGAAGGAGUGACUGUAAAUACAAAUGAUUCUAUUAGGGUACGAAAAAUCUCAAAUCACAGCAAAGAUAAUCCAAUUGAAAAUACUGUAAAUAAAACAGUAGAAGAUAUAUUAAACAAUAUUAGUUCUCAAUUAGAUAAUCAAACUGAAAUUAUUAAUGAAAAUAAUUUAAUAGAUGAAUUAGCCGAUCUCAAUGAAGACCUUAACUCUGUAUGUAAACUCGAGUGUAAAAUACACUGUAUUGUAUGAAGUUAAUUAAUAUAUUGAUUUGUUUUUCAGUCAACUUUUGUUGCUCCAUCUAAUUCUAGUCAUGACUUAAUGAACAAAUUAUUGUUGGAUGAUAGUCUUAAUCAAAGCGAUAAAAAUGAUUCAAAAUCAUCAAAAACUAAUGAUAAAUCUAAAGGUUCCACAAUAAUAUAUGGAAGAUCUGGUAGAGUAGUGACAUUACCACCCAUUGAGAUUCCCAAAACCCGGUCUUUAGUAAAAAAAGAAGUAUGGUUUUUACUGUAGACAAAAUAUAGAAUUAAUUGGCCAUUAUAAUUAUAUUUUGUAUUUAUAGAAUGCUAAUGCUUGUAUGAAAGAUCAAGUUAGACAAAGACGUUCAUCAGAAAAGUAAGUGGUAUUAUGAGAAAUAUUUAUCUAAUUACGGUCCACUAAUAUGUUUUAAUUAUAUUUAGUUCAAAGAGUAUAAUUGACUGUAGUGAAGAAUCUGAUACUGAUAGAGAAGGUACUAUGGCUUCCGAAGAUGAUCCAAAUAGACUUUGGUGUGUUUGUAGAAAACCUCAUAAUAACAGGUAAUAGUUCAACGUAAAGUUUUAACUUGGUAUUAAACUAACUUUAUAAACAUUGUGUUUUUAGAUUUAUGAUAUGUUGUGAUACUUGUGAAGAUUGGUUCCAUGGAAAAUGUGUAGGUAUUACAAAAGCUCUGGGUGAGCAAAUGGAAUCUCAAGGUGUUGAAUGGAAUUGCCCACCAUGUAGAAAGAAAAAGACUGAAGAAGUACGCAAAAAAGCUGAAGAAGAAAAAUUUAAGAAGAAAUCAGAAGAAGAUAAAAAAAAAAAACCUUGUCCAAAAACAUCAGUCACUAAAAUUUCUCCUAAAGCUACUAAAACUCUAUCCCAAACAAAACAAAAUUGUAUUCAAUGUAAAAAGAUUAUUGAAAGCGUGGGAAUGGGUUUAUUUUGUGAUGAAGCAUGUUUGGAUAAACAUAUUGAAGAUAGUGUAACUGCUAUUAAAGCAUGUUGUACUUCAGAGUCGACUGAUAUUAUUUUAUUUGAUAAAAAAAACAGCAGAUUUAUUACUGGUAAGUGAUGAUUUAAAAUUAAACAAUAAUUUAAUGUAUUUAAAUUAUUAAAUUUAUUAUUAAAUUUUUUUUGUUGAUUAUAUAGUUUGUGUACAAAAUAUGUUACAGGUGAACAAGCACCAAAACUAGUAAAUUUAAAACAAUGGAUGAAAGAAAACCCAGCAUUCCAAAUUAUGAAACCUUCUGGACUUACUAAAUCUAACUCUAGUAAACCAUGUUCAAAACCCCUAAAUAAUCAAAAAUCACCACAACAGAGUAUUUUGAAGUUUGUCAAAAAGGAAAAUGAAAAUCGACUUAAAAGGCGAGCCUCUAGCCCAGAAAAACAUAAAGUAAAGGAAAUCAAAAGAGAAAAUGAUGUUUCAGACUUACUACAGCCUGAUAAAGUAAAAUUGGUAUUUGUUAAAAAAGAUUCUACAAAACCGAUACCACCAAAAGAACCUAUUAAACAUAAUAUUCCUCAAAAGGAACCAGCCAAAUCUCUACAACCUGUUCCACAAAUAAAACCUAUUGUUGCGACUCCUUCAAAAACAACUAUAGUACAAAAAAUUGUUAGGAAAAAACCUGAACCCAUAAAAGAAAUUAUUUGCGAGAAAAAGGGAGAAGAACAGUUGCGUAUAAAUGUUCGAAAAUCGUUAUUAGAAACGUUAAGUAGUAGAAUAUCUGAAGAAUCAGAAAUGAAAACAGCUGAAGAAAACUUGGAGGAUUUAAUCUCACAAAUUGAAGAAGAACUUUAUAUUCAAUUUGGUAAAGUUGACCAAAAAUAUAAAACUAAAUAUAGAAGUUUAAUGUUUAAUAUAAAAGAUCCGAAAAAUUUAAAUUUUUUCAAAAAAAUUAUGUUUAAGUGGGUUACUCCAUACCAGUUGGUCCGAAUGACUGCUGAUGAAAUGGCAUCCCAAGAGCUGGCUGAGUGGAGAGAACGAGAAAAUAAACAUCAAAUAGAGAUGAUCAGAAAAACUGAAUUAGAUAUGAUGAAUCAAUCAAAAACUUUACUUAUGAAGACUCAUAAAGGAGAAGAAAUUAUUGAGCCUAAAGAUAAUAAGGAAACAAUAGUAUCUGAACUUAAUCCUGAUAUAAAGGUCCAAGAGAAAAAACCUCAAAUUUUACUCAAAUUAACAAAAGAAGAUAAAAAAGAAAAGAAAAAAAGUAGGUACAAGGAAAGAAGUAGUAGUGGCGAUCGUGAACGUAGACAUCAUAAAUCUAGCAGAAGCCGUCAUAAGUCACAUAAAGAUAAAAAACAUAGGAGUCGUGAUCGAAGCAGAAGUAGAGAUAAAAAGGAAAAGAAUGUCAAACAAAUUAAAAAAAUUGAAAUUAGUACCGACAAUCCAGUUAUUAAUGAUCUCGAAGUAUGUAAAGAAGAGGAUACUAGUGAUAGGGAACCAAGUUCUACUGUUGUCAUAGCUACUCCACCUCGUGUGGAAGAUGAAAUUAGCCCUAUAUGGAAAGGAAUCAUCAAUUUUACAGAUGUCGCACGUUGUAAUGUAACAAUGACUCGAUUAUCUGGUAAUGUAAUUGCAUUAGAUGCUGAACUUAAUCUACCAGUUCUAGAGUGUGUUGGUAGAAUCAAACAACAAAUUGUUUGGGAAUAUAUGGGUAAAUUGAAAAAAACUGGAACCAAAGAUAUUAUUGUUACUAAGUUAUCAGCUGGUGGGAUGGAACAACAAAUGUCCUACCUAAGCCUUUAUCAGUAUUUAAGUGCUAAGAAUAGAAUAGCUGUUAUUGAUAGUAAGCCAUUUCCUAACAUAAAGGAUUUUUAUAUUUAUCCACUUGGAAGUCAUUGUCCUGUUCCUCAGGUAUUGUUGCCAUUGGAUGGGCCUGGUGUUGAUGAUUAUAGAACACAUUUGUUGUUGGGAAUAAUUGUACGAAAUUCUAAAAAAUCUUGGGUUCCAUUAUGGAAACAGUCAGAAAAUAAUUAUGCCUUAUCUGAUAAUAAUGAUACUCUACCUUUACCUCAUCUUAAACCUGCUUUAUCAACAUCUAUUCAAGAUCGUUAUUCACCUGAAGAAAGUUAUACUCCACCAAGAUCACCGACUAAUAAAAUUCUUAGUUUGCCAACACCAGUUGUACCACAUUCUUUAGGUAAAACAUUAAUAUUUUUUAAUUAAAAGUGAUAAUGUGUAAACAAUAUAUUCAUUUUUUUUUUUUUUUUAAGUUUUAACUGAUGAUGAUUUACCCUACAUACCAGGAGAAGAAGAACCAUAUUCUCCAGUUGAUGAAGACGAGCCUAGCAUAUCGGAUGAUGUAAAUACUACUUCUAGUAUUCACCAACAAAUGGAAGAAUUAACUAGAAAAAUUGAAAAAGAAAAAUUAGUAAUACAAUUGAUGACAGCUGAAAAUGCAAUUGCUGAUGAUGUAAGUAUCAUAUGAUAGAUUUAAGGUAGACUAUAAAAGUGAUAAAAACCACAAAAAUAUACAUUUAUUUAAGAGAGAGAACAAGCAAUAUUUUCAUUUUAAGCAAUAGUUUUUAUUUUAACCCUUUUGAUACGUAAAACAUUUAAAAUCAGUGACGUAAAUUCAAUUUUUUUUUUGUGAGUAGAUGAUUAUAUUUAGUUUACAGGGUGAUUAAUCUAAUUAAUGUUUUUAAUUUUUUCUGAAUUUUAAGAACUAUUAUAAGUACUAUAUUUUAACAAACAAUGUAUUUUUGAAUUAAUAUUCGACAAUAAAAUAUAUUAUUUAAAAUUUUGAUGUAAAUUAAUAUCAAAAAAAAAAAUUUAAAAAAUCAUUCAAUUACAAAAUAAUAUUAGAAAUUUGAUUUGUUGAUCAAAAUAUAGUAAUAUAAUAUUUAAUAACAAUUUUAAAAAUAUAUUUAUUCAUUAAAAACAAAACAAUAUUAUUACAACUACUAUCGCUACUACUAUCAGUUUUAUAGUUAUUUAUUUAUAUAUCCGUGGUACUAAGUGAGUUUUCUGUAUUUUGAUAACUUAAUGAAAUAAUAUAUAUAUGAGUAUAUAUAUAUACAUAAAUGAAUCAAUAUUUUGUCGUUUAUGCCAUAACUUGAAAACGGUUGGACUGAUUAAGCUGAUUUUUUUUGUUGUGUUCUUAAUUGUUAAGACAAUGUUUUUAUGAAUAAAAAUUGUUGAAAAAGUUAAAAAUUUGGAUAAUAUUUAAGUUAUGGCAUGACCAACCUAAUAUUGAUUCAUUUAUAUAACCAUUGCAAUAUCUCGAAAAAUAUUCAUUUUUUUUUUUUCUGAAUAUUUAUGAAAUAAACAGUUCUAAAGAUGCUAUUUUAUUUUAUAAAAUACGUUACUACAUACACUACUACAUUACUUUUUUUUUUCACUCUUAUUUUUAAAUGUUAAAUGGCUACUUCCUUUUGAUUUUCAAAUGGCAACCUAUAUUGAAAAUUACUUAAAUAAAUAGAGUAUUAGAGUAUUAAUUGUAUUAUUAAUUUUUGGUGUUAUUGUUUUUGUUAAGUUAUUGUUUUCCGUCAAGCCUUUCACGAGAUAUUCCACUUUUAAGUUUAGGCAGGGGGAAUAUAGUGGAGCACUAUAUAAACCACGCGUGCCCAUCGCUUUACAAAUACUGUUCCCCUACUGCCUAAAUUUAGUGUUUAAGAUAUAUUUGGUAUGAAAAUCAUGAAAAAAUGUCACAACAGAACAAUUUUAGUCCACCAAAGAUUAACCUAACCAAAAAUUGACUACACACUUUCCACCUAUUUGUUUUCAUUCAAUAUUGAUUCGGUUAAAACCAAAAAGGAUUAUGUGUAAAAAAAAUUAAUACAAAUUGAUACAGUUAACACUAGGCAAGACAGCUAGUUAAUGUAUAAAAAUAACUCAAUUAAUCGGCUACUGAUCACAUAUUUGUUUUAUAUUUUUAUACGUACAGUAAUAGUCGCUAUAUUAUGUACAAAUUUACAAUAAUAUAUUAUUAUUUUAGAUUUUAAGUAAUUUAAUUUUUUUUUUUUUACUCUAAUCUAUAUUAUAUUUUUAAUCAAUAAGCUUUUUUCUUUCCUUUUUUUUAUGGUUCUAAGUGAGGAGUUAAACUCUAUAAUAUAGGGUAUAACCCUAGCACAAUACAACAAAGUACUGUAUGUAAGCUGGGAUGUUAAAAGAGAUAUUUAUUGAUAAGUCAAGCACAUCAAUUAAACCAUUGACUAAUUUAUAAAUAAAGGAAAUAUUUGCUAGGUCACAUCUAGAAGCAAAAGUUAGAAUGUCUAGAAAAGUCUAGAAACUUGAGUAUAAUCAUGGUUAUUGAUAGUUAUAUUGAAUUUAAAAGUAAUAAAUCUCAAGAAAUGGUUUUGGACAUGCUCAAUAAAAUUAAUGUCGAAUUUUGAAUACGGACUCCAAAUAGGUGAACCAUAUUUUAAAAAGAAUCUAACCAAAGUGCAAUGAAGGCGCUUAAAUGAAUGCAAAUCUUUAAAAUUUGAUGAGUAAUGCUUAACAAAACCUAGUACACGAGUCAAUUUUUUUACAACACUCAAUAUGCCCCCAAAAUAUUAAAUUUUGGUUGAAGUUAUUCCUAAGUUUUUAAUUGAAGUAACUGAAUUGAGUUUAACGUUAUUUAUAAAGUAUACAUGACUUAUAUUACUAUAGGAUCUAACGGGAUAUUAUUAUUUUUACAUACAAUUUAGAUAAAUCUACAUCUAAUAAAUCAAUUAUUUUUCAACUAUAUUUAUACAAUAUUAAGAAAAUAAAAAAAAAUUGUUAUUAAUGGAUAUUCAUAGACCUACGGUUUAUCAUUAACUUUUUUCAAGUAUUCGGUGGAAAUGUUAAAAUAAAACUUUGAAAAAAUAUCUGUCUAUUUUAGUAAAUUUUAAUGGUAAGCUGAAAAUUGUUAUUAUUUUUAUUUUUAUAGAGUGAUCAAUAUUUAUAUAGACUAUAUUUGAAAACAUAACUUAUUUUAUAUUAUUAUUAUUGUAGAAUAUAAAAAUGUGCUCGGACUUUUUUUCCAACCUUAUGUCCUCAGACUUUUCAUCUGAGAUUCUAAUAAUAUGUACCUACAUAAUUUAGAUUAUGAAUGUAGCUCAAUAUACAUACACACAGAUUUUGAUUCUGAUUGUACCAAAAAAACUAUUAGUUAAGAUAAUAUUUGUUUUUCUCUAAUUGAAAAAUACUUUUAUUUAGUAAAACAAUCUUAGAUUUUUUCAUCCUGUACCUUAAAAUAUGCAAAUAGCACCUUUUAUUAAAGUAAAUCUGACUGGGGAAAUACUUUAAAGAAGUUAUUUUUUUAUUUUCCCAGGAGUUUUCCAAUAAAUGGGAAAAACGGCAAAAUAGGUACAAUGUUAAACACAUAUUAUUAAAGAAAAUACAUAAUGCCUAUGUCAUUAUUUUACCAUGAUUUGGCAUAUAUUGUUGACAAAGCUACACUAUCAACUGAACUCCCCUCAGAAUCAUUUUUUGUUGGCAAUGGUUUAUCGUUGCUUACAGAUAUAUAUCAAAUUUCCUCUCUACUACCUUCCCAACUUCUCACCUACAACAGUGAGACACCUACAUGUGAAGUAUGUCUGUCUUUUUUUUUCAAUUUUGAUUUAAUACUUUGGUGGGUCGAUUAAUAAAUGAUCACGGGUCAUAGUUGGUCAUCACUGCCUUAAUAUAUAAUCUCUAAAUUAUCGUUGUAUUAUUGGGCUUCUGUCUAUUUUAUUUUUCUUUUGAAUAAAUUAUUAUUAUUAUAUCCUACAAUCUAUACAGUUUUAAUUCUAUUUAGAAAAUGCAAUGUACGCAUUUAUAUGUAGCCAAUAUUAUUCUUGUUGUAAGCUAAUAACCUAAUAAUAUGUUUUUGAUGCUGUAUCAAGAAUAAAAAAAAAAAAAAAAAAAAUGAAUUUCCUGUUUACUACAGUUGCUUAUUCAUAGUGUGAAGUGCUUGAUUGAAUGUCCAGUUUUGUAUAAUUAAUUAUUAAGUAUUUAUUUAGCUAAACUAAUGUAUUAAAACAAAUUAAUUAUAAUAAUGUUGUAUGUAAACUUGUAUGUAAAAUAAUUUAAUAAGUUGUUUAUGUGAAUGACCAAUAGGUAUUGAGAAUAGAAUUUAAUAAACCUUAUCCAGUCAAGAUAAUCAAAAAUCUUCUAGAACACUUUCUCAUAUUUAAGUAAGAAAUGCACAUUUAUAAUCUUAUUAGAUAGUGCCAUGAGGUACUGUGCUGUCAAGAGAUGAAAAAAAUAACAACUAUUUGGAACCUGGUUCAAGAUAAUAACUAAUUACUAUUCAGUAAUAAAGAUAAUCUGAAGAAAAGAAUUAGUGCAGUAUAGAUUAACUUAUCAAACUCAUUAGUGUAAUAAAUGAGGAAUCCUUCCAUCCUUGAUAUGUUUGAACAAAUUCUUCAUAUUUUUAUCCUGUAAACUGUAUACUAUUUUAUUUUGUAUUAUAAACUAUUGUUAUGUAUAAUAAAUAAUACUAGGGUAGGGGACUUGAUAUAGCACAUAAAUGUAGGAGACUACAAUAGUUUACAAAUUCUUGUUCAUGCCACAUUACUUAUGUGUUGAACAGUUGUUAAAAUUAAAUUUGUAUUGGAAUUUAUCUAGAUGUAUAAUGUAGUAAUGAAAAAUAAUUUUAAUAUGACUAUUUCCUUUGAAAUAUAAUAUGUAUACAUUUUUGAUUCUAAGUGGAGCAAGGAGUGUAUUGGUUUUACAAAGAUAUUUAUUUUUUUUUUUUUUACAUAAACAUUUUAUCUACUAUAAAGCCUGAUCCGAUUAUCAAUUAUAACACCUCUUCUGAAAGGAAAUGUUCUCUGGGUGGUACUUUGUAAAGGUCAUUUAAAAUUCUGUUAUCGCCUGAAUUUUCUCGAUGUUCUGAUUAAAUUUCCUCAAAUGACAUUCUGUUAUAAUGUGGUUUACUAUUUGUCUGUGAUUACCGCAGUCACAUGCUGGGCUGUCUUAGAGUCGCCAUUUGUGCAUCAUGUCAGAACAACAACUAUAGUCUGUACGGAGGCAGUUUAAUACAGAUCACUCAUAUCUAGGCAAUUCCAUUUCCAUAACACCUUGAUUAGGGUCAGGUACCAAGAUAUUGUUUGGUAUAGUGGAUUUAGUCCAUUCAUCACGCCAACACUUACCUGUAUCAGACCCUAAUUUUAUUAGACCUUAGGCUGUCUUCCAAGGUGGCUUUCUUAAUUUUAAACUAAGCGCUGUUACAUCUUCCAAUCUUACAGCUAAUAAUGAAUUCUUCCUAUCCUCUGUUUUCUUAAUUGUUUUAAUAAGCUUUUCCUUUUUUCGUAAAUCUGAAAGGACUAUGUUGGUUAACACCGGUAACUGAGUUGACUGUGUUGUAAAUAAUAAAUAGGUGAAACUGACUAAGAAAAUAACUAAAUAAAAACAAUUCAAAUACCAAAAACAUAGAGAACAAAAUAUAACAAAAAACUACAAUAAUAUUUUCAGAAGCAUUAGUACGUUUUUAGGUUCAUACUGAGAAUUAAAUUUAUAUGUAAUUUUUAUUAAAAUAAAUUGUAGUCAAAAUGGUACAGAACUCAUAUAAUUUCUUUGUGUUUAUUUAUAUGUUACAGACUUAUAACUUCACUAUUUUUCCAUUGAUUUUGACAUUACCAAGUGUCUUUUGUGUACCUUUAUGCGCUUGUGUAGUUAACAAAUUAAAUAAAUACUUUAGGGGUUCUUUUCUAUAUUUCAAAUGGGAUUGAACAUUUUUUUUUUUGUACAUCUGAUUUUGUGGGGUAUUGUUAAAAACGUUUUUAAAUAUGUAUUAAAGGUUCAUACAGGAAUAUGAUAGUUUUUUAUACAGAUUAAUAUUUUAUGACUUAUAUAUAAUAUGUCCUUAAAUUUCCAAGGAUGUGAUUAAAAAUUUGUAAAAGUAGGAAAAUAAUGAAACACUUUCAAUGAAAAUUAUUUUGAACAAAAUAUGUUGAAAUUGUAUGUAUGUAUGCAUGUAUUUUAUACACAUAUUUACUAAAACCUAAAUGAAUGUAUCAUACACAUUGACCAGCUUUUACUUUAGUAAUAAAAAGGAUCAAUUAUUAAAAAAAUUGGUUAGCCUAAAAUUAUUAGAAGUUUGUAGUAUAAUGAAAUAAUAAAAUAACAAAGGCAAUUUGAUUUAUAAUUAAAAAUAUAAUACAGUUAUACUUGUUUAACUCAAAAUUAUUAAUACCUUAAACUUUUUCUUCAGUCCUUAUUUAAAUAUUGUAAAAAAUUUGCUUUCAACCCGAAUAUAACGUGAAUAGCUAAAAGUUCUAAUUUUAUUAGGAUCAGUGGUAUACAGGUUAUUCCAAUAAAUAUGCACAUUACUAUCAAAAAAGAGUUAUUAAUGUUAUAGUUACUGAUACAGUUUAUUUAACUGGUUUACGAAACGUUAUUCACUCAUGUACAUUUACAAUUUAGUGCUCCAGUAUGUUUCAACGAGAUGUUUAUGAUAAAUUAAAAUUAAAAUAAAACAAAUAUUUGUGCAGAUUCCUUUAACUUCGAGUUAACCUCGAAGUCCAACUAAUUUGUAUUGUAUUGUACCUAUAUUUUGUAGAUGCUUAGAUCAAAUUUAAAUCAGUGAAUUUGUAAAAUAUAUAUUUAAUGAUGUUGUAAACCUUGAUUUUCAAUUAUUUAGAUGCACAAACUUUGUAAAAUGUAUAAUUUAUUACAUACAUUUUUGUAAUUUGAUUGUUGAUCUCAAAGUUCCAUUCAUUAGGUAUUUGUUUUGAUUGGAUUUAUUUCUUUUUUCAUUAGACUUCAGUAGUGUAAUUUAAAUAAUUGCUAGGGUAGGGCAUAAUAAUGAUCUACCCUGUAAUAAGUAUAAAAUUGGCUUUUUUUUAUUAUUAUUAUGCUUUAUAGGCUUUAUGUCUUUUGUAGUUUCUAUUAAGUUCCUCCAUUUAUCAAGGUCAAUAGUUGUCUCAUAUUUUGAGUUUUGCCGUUCUGUCUACUAUUUUAGAUUCUGAGCGGAGCGAAGAAUGUAUUGGUUUUACAAUGAUGUUUUUGUUUUUUAUAUAUACUUUAGGGGUGUCAUUUUUUGAUUUUCCCAAUAAAUCGGAAAAUGUACGAAAUGUAUAAAUAAAAUAUUAUGGCCCUUUUUCCCCUGUGAACAACUUUUCUACCAGCAAUUUUGCUUUGAUUUACAAUCAUAGCACUUUCUGAAAGAAAAUCUGACUAGGGUCGUUCUUUAGGGAGUAGGGAGGCCAUUUUUUAUUUUUUUCAAGAGUUUUCCCAAUAAACAGAAAAACAUGGGAACGGAAAAUAGGUACAAUAUUAAACAAAUAUUAUUAAAAUAAAUAUAUAAUUCAUAUACAAUUAUUUUACCAUAAUAUAACAUAUUGUUGAUAAAGCAACACUAUUAACCAACCUCUGUCCAGAAUAGUUUUUUUGGUUAGCAGUGGUUAAUCAUUGCAUACCAGGCACACCAUUACUCCUUUCUAACCAAAACUUAAAUGUGGAAUUUUUCAUCAAGAACUCGACAGAAAUCAUAAAUUUCUCAACACUAAAAUGUAUUCUACUCAUACUCCAUUUAUGAAAUUUUUAAUAUAUUUUGCCAUUUAAAAAUCAAAAGAAGAUAGUGGUUUUACCCCUAAAAAUAAACAUUACAAAAUAUAACAUAAAUAUUAAAUUGUAGAGCUGAUGUUUCUUAAAUGUUCUAGAAACAAAUUAUGAAAAAAGUUAAUACUUUCCAAGAUAAUGAGUUUACCUAAUUAAAUGGACCAGAUACAGAUAUACAUUAAAUUUCCCCUCUACCUUCCCAACUUUGCACCUACAAUUGUGGUCCACCUAUGUGCAUAGUAUGUCUGUCUUUUUAUAUCUGCAUUUACCGUAUCUUGCCAUCAUUGCUGAGGUCUUCUUCUAGGACGUUUGUUUAUUGGUUUGUUAUUCAGUACUUUUGGAAUUAUACUCUCCUCGGCUCAUCAUACAUAACCUGCCCAAUUCUAGAUGCUUAGCUUUAAGUAAACAUUUAAUAUUUAUUUUAUUAUAUAGGAAUUCCAAGAUAUUAUUUUUUAUCCUUUCAUAGUCCCCAGUUAAUACACUUUUCAUUGGUCUAUAUACUUUUCUUAGCAUCUUCCUCUCAAAUAUGAGAAGCUUCUUCUCAUCUCCUUGAGCUGUCUAUUAUAUCUCACAAGCAAAUGUCACUAUUGGGUGUAAGUAACCUAUAAGUACAUUUUUGCCUGUAUCAUCCAUGGUAGCAUUAUAAAAUUUCUUACUGAAAAAAACAAAGAUGCUCCCUUCGAUCACGAAGUUUCCCAACUAUAAUUGAAUACUUGUUUACAAUUUAUAUUAAGCAAACUCUAUCCGCUUUUGUUAACAUAAGAGUUAUUAAAGUAUAAAUAAUCUUAACAUCUUAACUUGGUGGCUUUACAUGUAACCUUCAAUGAACUUUACGCUAAAAAAGAAAAAUAUCAAAAUAUAUAUAUAUAUAUAUAUUUUUAUUAUUUCACUAGUGUUUUUGAUUCAUAACAAUUUAAGUGAUUAGAUUGUCAGUCUCUUCAAAAUGUAAUGAUACAAUAUUUUAUCUGUGUUUAAAUUUAAUUUGUUGAGUAAGUGGUAUGUGCAAAUUAAGCCUGAUUACUAUUUAAUAUUGAAUAAAAUUAGCGACCUUUCAAAUUAAAUGUUACCAAAUUACAAAAUGCUUUAAAUAAAGUAACUUGAUAAGUAUUAUACUAUUCCUGAUCAUAUUACAAGGAUAAUUUAAAAUUUGAGCUGAUCUUCCUAUAUAAAUACCUAUUAUAAUCGUUUUUGGCAUAACAAAUUGAUCAAGAUAAUUUAUAUUAAAUAAUGGCUCUUAAAAGUAAUUGUAUUCGUAAAUCAAAAGUGAGUAGCAUUGGUCUCACCUCAAAAAUAAGGAUGACAAAUAAUGGUAAUGUAACAUUUUAAAGGUACUUAUUUUAUAAGUUGUCAAAAAAAAAAAAAAAUUGGAAAUAAUGAGUGUCACUCUGUUUAAUUUAAUUGUAUUAAGGUAAUAUGAUUAAUAAUGAAGAAGUCAAGGAACUGGAAAGAUCAUAAUAAUAAUAUCAUUUAAAAAGAUUAGAAAAGAUUAGUUGAAUAAUUUGAAGGUAUUUUCUUUUAAGUAUUACUCUCCAUUUGUCAAACCUAUUGUUAACAUUUUCCAGAUUUUCUCUUAUUAAAACUCUAUCAUCUCACCUGUUGUCCCAGUGCACAUCAGACAUGAGGUUAGGUUAAAUCUUCCUAAGUUUUGUUUAGAAUGCCUCAUAUUGUAUGUAGUAUAAAUUAUUAAAAUUUUAACUUAUUUUACUUGUUUAUGUUACAUUUAGAAAUAUUUGUUAUUAUUUACAUAAAUUAAGUUUUUGUUACAAAUUUAAUAUAAUAAUAAUUAUGAUAAUUUUAAUUUGUUUGUAGUCAUUGGAUUCUGACGAAGAAGUGUAUAGUCCUACAAGUGAGCUAACCCCAUUGACAACUAAAAUUCACUUGCCUAGUAAUAUCAAAGAUAUACUUUCAUCUAUAAAUACAAAAGAUCUGAAUUCAACUGAUGAAGAUAUUUCUAAAGCUGCUGCAGAUAGUGAAAAGAAAUGUAGAGAUCCUCGCCAACGAAUUUCUUCUGUAACUUCAGUUGAACAUCCAAUACCUGAAGAGGAAUUUUCAUCACCUUGUAAACCCGAAAGAAGUUUACCUCCACCUAGUUUUCCCACCCCAUAUAGAGCACCUAUGAAUUAUGUUGCACCUAUGCCUUAUGCAUACCCUCCACCUGGCUAUAUAUCAGAUGUUUAUCCAAAUCAAUAUGGAUCUCAACAACCACCACCACCACCUCCUCCACCAAUGACCAUGGACCAAAGUAAAUAUAACAAUUAUAAUCAGUCCAAGUUUUCAUACAAUUCAGUCUACCAACCGCCACCACCUCCUCCAAAAAUGCCUUAUACCAAAAAUGAAAAAAAAUCAUCUGGGUUUUGGCUCAGUGGUAGUUCUAAAAAUGAGCCCAAGAAGAAAAGGUUUAAAAAAUCAGGUGAUCGAAGAGAUAAAAAUUCUUGGAGGCGCUAG